UUUUGGGAGUCUCGGACACAUCCCGAUGCUCACGGUCGAUUCAUAGCUAUUGAGGAACGGAAGAAUGCCUGCGGUGACCGUGACCGGAGAAGUGCCCUUACUGAACGGGGGCGGAAGAGAAGAGAAAAAUCCAGUUUUAACACCCUUUCCUGUCCUUGUCAUUCUGCCGCUCCUAUUCAGCGUCCCUGUAAACAGUCUCUUCCUGGGUCCCUAUGCCGGGAGUCCCACUGGAAAUGCCUGCUCCUCACGCUGCUGAUGUUUGGCUGUUUUGCCACCCUGGGCUGGUGUUCCUUCUACCGUGUCACGGUCAUGGCUGCCGAUGAACACGGCCUCUACUAUGGGGGUCGGGCCCGGCUCUACCACGACAGCCCCUGCUCCAACGGCUACGUCUACAUCCCGGUGGCCUUCCUGGUCAUGCUGUACAUGGUCUACCUGGUGGAGUGCUGGCACUGCUUCUCCAAGACGUCCUCACUGGCCCGGGUUCGGAUCAGCAAGGUGUACGACCGGGUCCAGAGACUACAGCAGGCCAUGCCGUGCAUCUGGUGGAAGGCCAUCAGCUAUCACUACGUGAGACGGACACGCCAGGUCACUCGUUACCGCAACGGCGACGCUUACACCACCACCCAGGUGUACCACGAGCGGGUCAACACACACGCGGCCAGCUCCGAGUUUGACUACAGCCGGCACGGCGUCAAGGACGUGUCCAAGGAGCUGCUCGGCCUUCUGGAGCACCCGGCGGUGCGCCUUCGUUUCACCAAGUGUUUCAGCUUCGCCAGUGCCCGUGCCGAGGCCGCCUACCUGACCCAGCGCGCGCGCUUCUUCGCGGAGAACGAGGGGCUGGAUGACUACAUGGAGGCACGGGAGGGCAUGCACCUGAAAAAUGUGGACUUCCGCGAGCACAUGCUAGCCUUUCCGGACCCCGCGUGGCCGCCUUGGUUUUCUCGUCGGCGGAUGUUCUGGUUGAUCUCGGCCCUGAUGUUGUCCUGGCCUCUACGCGUGGUGUCCGAGUACCGCACGGCUUAUGUUCACUACCAUGUGGAGAAGCUGUUUGGCGAGAACGAGGAGGUCAAUGACAACGACAGUGCCGAGAUGGGCAACUACCGGCCGGGCCAGGAGAACAGGCAGCGUGGCGGCCCCAGGUUACGUGUCAUAUCCCGGGUCAACACGGUGGACAUCACCGAACUGGAGUGGCACAUUCGGUGUAACCAGCAGAUGGUGCCCAGUUACUCUGAGGCCUUACUGAUGGACCUGAACACCAACAACCAUGCCUCUUCACCCUCCGCCUUUCCGGGGGCGGUGCCCGUCCCUAUGAGGCGGAACUCCAGUUACGUCCUGCAGAGCUGCCCUCGCUGCCGCCGGUCCACCAGCAGCUCCUCGCUCCCCUCGCGAGUCAGGGGGAACGUGGCGAUGGGGGCGGGCUCUUUGACCUACGGGACGGUGGGGAGGAUGGGAGGAGGAAGGCUCGCCCUCAGCCGCAGCGGAUUCUCUCUUGGCCGUCUGCACACGGUGCGCCAGGCUUGCCUGUUCCACUCCCGAAGCCUCGGCGCUGGGAUGGGGAGUAGAGCGGACGAGGGCGGUGGGUUUCUCGGCCUGGGCUUUCGCCGGGCUAAUGAAGAGAGCCGAGGGGUCCUUGAGGCGGAGGGAUACGAUGAGGACGACAGCAGUCCGCAGCCGGAGGACGACGGAGAGCUGGAACUGGAGAGGGUGAGGGCUGAGAUGAUGCAGGGAACGGCCUGUGUAACAGAGAGACCCCCAGCCUAUCAUGAGGCUCUCCAACUGCCUGUGUUGAUCGUCCACGGUGAGGAGAGCUGCCACGCAGGGGAGGACCUUGACUUAGGAUAGCAUCUGUCAGGGACUAGGCAGACAUGCAGUAGAGACAGACAAUCUGCUGUGGAUGAUGGACAAAAGGAGGACUGGAAAAGAGGGUUUGAGGGAAAACUUGACCUGCCAGAAAAUACUAUUUACUGUCUGUCCUAAAUGUGUAGGGAAACACAACUAUUGUGUCACACUAGAUUAAAAUGACUAUGUUGUCGCGCUUCCUAAACAGACUGUCAUACUGUACGUGUCCCAUUGUCCACAAUGAACAGCAAUCGCUUUGUAUGUUUGUUCACGAAUGUACGGAAGCAUCCAGGAGCUUCUGAGUUAGCACCUCUGGAGUAGUUCAUUUUCCACCGUGCUGUCAGAUGCAUUCAAGGGGCGCUACAUUGAACACCCCUGAUAGAUGUUGAACAGCAGUCUCAUGCCAAUAAAAUAAAAAACUCUUACCAUUCCACAAACAGAGUAUAGUAAUAAUAUUUUAUAUUACUUUUAGAUGUUAAACGGUACAAUUAUUUAACCAAGAUACUGUAGUGAUCAGGCUUAUGUCACCUAAUCGCCUUUCUCUUGAGACCAUGCAAGUCACAAUGUUGACCAUGUUAUGGCAUCAGAUAUGUUUUUAGGAGUUGUGUGUACAUAUGUGAAUGUUCGAGCAAAGAUGCAACAGUAGCUAAAGCCUAUAACUACUUUAUGAGAAAUUUAUUUUCUGAGAAUUCAGAACAGUAUACAUGAGUACAAAGACCUUGAACAGGCAUGUCAUUGUUUCUCUGUCUUUUGACUCCCUGGCAGCUGAAAUCAUGCAUUUGCCCCCAACUACAUCUGGAUUGUGGAGAAAGACACAUUUUUAACCAAACCCAGGUGAGUGGGAACAAGAGAAGGAUGAUGAAAUACAGACUCACAGAAGUUGUGUAUUGAGCGCUUGUCCCAUUCAACGCUUGUAAGAUUUCCCUUUUAUUUCCCUUCUUAGCAAUUUGGCUUUCACCACAAAUCUAAAAGGGUUCUCCCAUUGAUCUGAUGCAGUAGAGUACAUACUCACGCUAAUGCCCCUACUACCCAAACCACCACCCCUCCCUCAGCGGAUGCCAUUAGGAGCAACAUAGAUCCACACAUACCAAUUUCCCAGACAAUUAGGGAUUCAUAAAACAAUAUGUCUAUCAAUAAAUGUUUCAUCUGCCAUCUAUUCAGAUUAUCAAACAACAUACAGUACCUUUUGAAAGUAUUCAGACCCAAUAACUUCUUCCAACUUUAGAUGUGUAAAAGACUACAUUUAUAAUUGAUUCAAAAACAAUUUGCCAUCAAUCUGUACACAACUUCUCAUAAUAACGAAUCGGAAACAUGUUUUUCGCAAUAUAAAAAGAAAAUAUGUUGUGUUCAUAAGUAUUCAGACUCUUCAUUCAGUAGUUUUUUAAAAGCUCCUUUGGCGGUGAUCACAGUGUAAACUGUUCUUGGGUAUGCCUCCACAAUCUUUACACACCUCGAUUUGGGCAGUUUCUCCCAUUCUUCCUUGUAGAUCCUCACGUUCGAUUUCAGUCAGACAAGAUAGCCGUUUCCUUCAUUCACAGUGGGUCACAUCCCUGACCCAGACCUGCAAUUUUUUCAUAACCUUCGACCGAUUUUGACACAAAUCCAUCUAAGAGGUCUAUGGACAGUUCCUCGGACUUCAUGUCUUGUUUUCUGCUCAGACAUGCACUAUGAAGCGUGGGACCUUAUAUAGACAGGUGUGUUCCUUGGUUAAUCAUGUUGUUCAAUCAGUUACUGAUUCCAAUAACAUUUUAGAGACAUCACAAGGUUGAUCACAGUUGACCAGAUGCAAUCAUGUUUUGGAGGCAAUGGGUCAGAUUACUUAUGUACAUGACGUAUUUCAGUUUUUAAUUUUCAAUAAAUGGCCACAGACUUCUAAAACAGUUUUUUUGCUUAGUCAUUAUGGUGUACUGUGUGUAGAUUGAUGGCAAAGAUAUUGAUUUUUAUCAAUGAUAAAUAAAGUUUAUUUAUAAUGCAACAAAAUGUGGGAAAAGUGAACCGGUCUAAAUAUUUUGCACUGUAUAGACAGCACAUAAUUGACAAUUAAAAGCAAAUUGUUACUCGACACAUUUACAGAUUGGCCCAUCCCGAAAAACACUGACGCAGAUAAAACAGCAUGCUAAAACACACUUGCUAGUAGGUGCAAGAAAUCAUUAAGCAGAAAUAAGCGCCUAUAUCACAUUAACAGCAAAGGAUUCAGUGUCUGCCCAACAUUUAAUUUGUGUGUGUGUGGGGUGACUCAAUCCCAUCAACUAUCAAAAACCACGUCUUGAAAAGACUCCAGUACACUAUGUAUUCAUUCUGCUGUAUCUAAUGUAUUACCAAUAAAAAUUGUUGAUGACCAUGAUGAUGAUUAUGAUGUCGGUCCUACAGCACUAAUAAUAAUAAGUAUAUGUUGCAUAUAUCUACAUGUUCUGAUAAUGCUCUAUAUUGACUGAGAAUCACUGUGCACCUCCAUAUUUCAUACUACCGUUAUAUGGGAAAUAAUAGAAUUGCUCCCCCUACCGACAAGUAUUUUGUACUAUCGGUAUUUGGGAAAUAUAAUGGAAUUACUACCCCUAGUGAUGAGUACAGGAACUGUUUGAAAUUGCAUCAGGCCUGUUGGUCAUGUUGUUGUUGUAACUGGUGUCAUUGUAAUCAGAUUCAUAAAAUAUAUUUUUAAAGAAUAAAGAUUGUUGGUUUUGGUUGUCAGUACAUUCAUGUCUGCAUGCAAACUACGUGACCUAUCUCAUUUAAUCCUUCCUACUCUGGGCUGGUGCUGAAGUAGGGCAUUGCACACAUGAGAUUUAAUAUGAUGGUCUUUAUCUCAACUGCACAGGACUCCACCAGUAAUUGUUAAAAAGAGGUAAAAAAAAACCACAUUCAAGAGGCAAGAAGAAACUGCUGCAGCACCUGUUCCAUUUGCAGAUGAGGUCUUCACAGCGUGGCAAUUGACAUUUACAAGAAUUGUUUAUACACAUGCAGGAAAUGCGUACAAAUCCGAUGAAACAUUUUGAAAAUGCUAUUAUGCAUUAAUGUAAGCACUUUAGUAACCUCAAC